AUGACAACUUCGACAUCAUCAACCGGCCCAGUCGCUCCACAACGUCGUGACCUCACUCUCUUUGUUCACUACCGUAAUGAUGUAACCAAGAUCAGUUUUAACAAUGUUGCCGACCACGACGAUCUCCGUCCCAUCAUUCGAGCCAAUCCAGAGUUCGUUAUUCCUCGUGGUACUAUGCUUCUCUUUGCCGAGCCACCAUCAAAUGACAACAAUGCCCCUGCUCGUGUACCCCUUGAUCCCCUUGCUGCUGUCACUCUAGCCGAUGGUGUUCACCUCUAUGUUGAGGUCGAAGCUAGCGAUACAGUAGUCGAUUUUUCAAGCUUAAACCAAACAAUAGAAAGUGCUAUUCUUGGGGCUUUGGAUCGAAGAGAACCUCCAAGGGGUUGGAUACAGAAGUUACUCGACCAAGGAGUCAAAACCUGGAUAGUAAUCACCAGACAAAUCAUAGCAUGGACCAAGGGAAUAUUUUAA